AAACAAAGCAGAUUUUAUUUUCUCAUGUGAAAGCAAUAUGCCCUCAAUAAAGGGACAUCAUAGUAACCACAGGAAGUGGACGCAGCGUCUCUCUAUAAAAGGAGGUGUAGAGAUGACAGUUUGGAGCGUGAGAGCAAGAGAGAGCACGGAGAAACACAAUGGUAGACCUCAAAAGGAAACAAAUGUCUUUAUUUCUCAUAUGGCUGCUUCAGUUUACAGCAGCAGCUGAAGUGAACGUCUUCCACCUUGGUGUCAGAGAAGGAGAUGAAGUCCGUCUGCCUUGUAUAAACAUGAAAUGCGACCAGAAUAACUGUCACAAUACUUCCUGGAACUAUUAUCAUCCAUCAUGGGAAAGUUAUGUCCAGCUGGAUGUAGUGAAAUCAGGCAGACUGAGUCUUACAGAGGAUUGUUCUCUGGUUAUAAAGCCGAUCAUAGUGAAGGAUGCUGGUUGGAUUUACUGUGAACAGCUCACGACAACAGAAAUACAAACAACUCCGGCUGUAAUUCGUCUCUUUGUUGAAGACCCUGCAGAAAGCGUACCAGAAGGAACAUCUCCAACAGAACAUCCAGUUGCAGCAGCUGAAGUGAACGUCUUCCACCUUGGUGUCAGAGAAGGAGAUGAAGUCCGUCUGCCUUGUAUAAACAUGAAAUGCGACCAGAAUAACUGUCACAAUACUGCCUGGAACUAUCGUCAUCCAUCAUGGGAACGUUAUAUCCAGCUGGAUGUAGUGAAAUCAGGCAGACUGAGUCUUACAGAGGAUUGUUCUCUGGUUAUAAAGCCGAUCAUAGUGAAGGAUGCUGGUUGGUUUUACUGUGAACAGCUCACGACAACAGAAAUACAAACAACUCCGGCUGUAAUUCGUCUCUUUGUUGAAGACCCUGCAGAAAGCGUACCAGAAGGAACAUCUCCAACAGAACAUCCAGUUGAUUGUACAGGUUCUUCUGCUCUGGACUUCAUGAUGUUGGUUCUGCAUGUGGCUGAACUCAUCCUGAUGACUGUGAUCACUGUUCUUCUCUUCAGAACUCGAGGGACCCGGAGACCACCUUAUGACAACACUGUGCUUGAUGAUGAAGAUGAAGGCUCUGUGUACUAUGAUGAUAUUGGAGAACCUUCUGCUUCUGUCAGACUCCACUCAGCAACAAUAACUUCGAGAAUAACAUCGACUCACCAGAUAAAAUAAUCUUCUGCUUUCAUCAUUUUGAUAUCUCAUUUUUUUAUGCAUUUAAAGAAACAGAUCUACCUAAUCAAAAGUCUCAAUUGCAGCAGGAUGAGAUUUGAACUCAGUUUAUUAAUUUCACUGUACAACCAAGAAUAAGUGCUGUCAAUCCAUAAUCUUUUUUUAUCUAAUUCAUUACAGGCUACGUAAUUAAUUGCAUAUAUUGAUGAUAUGAGAAGGAUUGCAUUACAGGUAGAGUUACUGCAUAACCCAUCUUUUUUCUUUAUCUGUAAAAGAAUAAAUAAAAAAGAUGAACUUGUAAAUAACUUAACCCCACUUAAAGCUUCUGCUUCAGUUUCUCUUUUAAUAUACUGAUGUAGUAUUGUUGCUGAAAUAGAUUUAAUGGGAUUUAUAUACGUUUUGCUUAACAUUAUCUUAAGUUUUAAGAGACUCAGUUAUAGUCUUCUCUUUAUUAUUUCUGAUACAAUGUCAUCAUUAUCAAAUAAAGAAAUAUUUACCAUUUAUUUUCUAGAGUGUGUUUUAUGACAAAAGUAAAUACAUGCUUUGUGGGAGCUUUUUUCUUUCUCUUGUUAUUUGUUAUUUUGCAUUUGGUUUUGUAUUUGUUUAUCUCUGUAAACACCAAGGGGCAGUGGGCACCUUGCCAAGCACUUGGCAAUGUGGCAGGCGUGUCACUGUCAGGUGAAGGGAAAAAAGGUUUUUAACAGGGGAAAUGUUUGUUCGUUUUGCAUGUUCUGAAUUAAAAUGAGGAAAAGUGA